UAGGAAACCUAAUAUGACAAUGGUAUAUCAGGUGCAUGAUAUUCAUAUCUUAUUGUAUCAUUUUACGCAUACUUUGUAAAUAACUUAUCGACAGAAAUUAGGACAAAGAUAAUUGGCAGUUUUUCACAAAUAAAUCCAACUAAACUAGCUAACUUAAAACUAAGAUAGUCCAAUAUUGGAUCGAUGCGAAAGUUUCAUUGUUUUUUGCUUUAAUUGACGUCAUCGAUUCUCGAAUUCUUUGAGAAGCGAUUGAAAAACUUCUUUCCACUUAGGAAAAUUGUAUGAAGGAAUUAUAAUUAUAAAUUUGUUUUCGAUUUUCCUCAACGAACGAGGAGCAGCAAAGAACUUUCGCAGUGAUCUAACGCAUUAUUUCGCACGGCUAAAUUAAUAAACUAGGCGAAGAAAUGCGCACUUGUAAUUGCUCUAAACUCCGGCCUUGCGACACCGCCGCCAAGUGCCCAUUUCCUAUUUCAUUUGAGAUGCAAAGUAUCUUUCAUCUGCAGCGCGUUGCACAGUUUACUUCAGACGCGUGCCACGCACUGCGCUCGAGGACGCGCUCGAUGACGGAGCGUGACUUUUGUACUCAGCAACGACACAUCGGCUGCGAGCUACGAAGUGUGAACGACGCGGCGGAUUUUAUCUGAGAUAUCUCCAAUAGGCUGAUAAGAAAAAGAUAACGGACAUACCGCGUGCUUUUAUUUUACGAAAGCAACCAGUUACGCGACUGUGAAUCCACUCGCUAUGGUUCGCGAUCGUAUGCCCGAUUUACGUGCUGUUAGUAUUUUAUCUUUCUUUUUUCUUUAUAGUCGUACUAGAGAUAUAUAUCGCCAACGAAGAGAAAGAACUCCACGAUCGAUCUGUGCACUUUGCCUUAACCGAUAAUUGCACGUGAGUCAUGUGCGUGCAGAACUAGUUUUAAUGCAGGAGAUGUAUUCUCCUUUUGACACGUUGACUGCCGGCGCGCAACUGACAUAUCCAUUGAUUGCACGAAAGUCUAAGUGAAGUUCCUUCUCCUGAUGAACGUUAUUACUAAGCCGAAGUAACAGCAGCACCUUUGGCAGAGGAUUCUUGCAAGACGUGCACAUUCAAAUAGCCCAAAAUAAAAAACUCAAGGAAUUGUUGGACGAAGUACGUAUCGCAAAGAGCGCUUUAAUGCGAAACAGCAACACAAACGAAUUACAGUGGUGGUGGUGGUUUGGCAUGUUUAAUAAAGAGAUAACACGUCGUGUUGAUACAGGCAGAGGAAAUCCGUGCACUGAUCCACCUUAUAGUUGAAAAUACUUCGAUCAUAAAGGACUUGCAAAACAAUAUUCUGUCGCACACGAACAAAGGUAAGCGGCAACGACUCGGCUGCGAAUUGCGGCAUGUAUUUAACUAACGUGUAUGUGUGUGUGCGUUUGUUACAUAUUCGCAGAUAUACAAAAGGAACUGGAAGCUCGCACGUGCACGAUCUCGCAGACGGCCUUUCGCGUUCAACGAAAGUUACGAGAUUUGGGAAAAGAUAUUACUGCCAUUGACGAUUUGACUGUAGCUAGUGCAAGAAAUGGAUCUGCAUACACGCGAAUUAAGGUUUUGCAAUAUACAACAAUACUGCAGCUGUAUUCUAAGAUUAUGGAGGACUACAAUACAUCAUUACUUAGAUAUCACGAUAAGUGCCUCCUACUCCUGCAGCAGCAACGUUUAUUAUUAAGACGACAAGUAACAAGUGAAGAAUUGGACCAUAUGCUUGAUGCUCAAGAAACUAGUUUAUUUGUCGACAAUAUUUUAGAAGACAGCAAAGUUGCACGACGACAAUUGUCCGAUAUAGAAAGUAGACACAAUGACGUCUUAAAGUUGGAAAAAUCUAUCACAGAAGUUCGAGACUUGUUCGCAGAAAUGGCGAUUUUAAUCGAAAAACAAGGGGAACAAAUAGAUAAUGUUGAAUAUUUUUCCAACAAAACGACAAGUAACAUCGACGGCGGUCGCGUUCAACUCAAAAAAGCAGAAAAGAAAAGUAGUACAUAUAAGAAGGUAUAUAUUUGCAUAUACACAUUUAAAAUAUAUUUAAAUAUGGUUUUAUUUUGCAACAUUGAUAUAAUGAUUACUUUUGCAGAGGAAAAUCAAGAUUAUCAUUAUCAUAAGCGUGAUAAUAAUAAUUAUUCUUUUAUUCUUUACUAUCUCAUCGUAAAAAUCUUAUAAAAUAUUUUAUGAAAUUAUUUUAUACAAGCUAUACUUUAUAUGGAUAAUUUCGGGAUUUAUGAUGUGAAUAUAAAAAAUUGAAAAACA